GCUGGGGACCCAGGAGUCCGGGCUGCAGGGAGCGCUGCCGCCCGGGCUGGUAUGCGCAGGGCACAGGAAGGGGGCGGGAGGAAGGAGGCAGGAGUCGGGGAGAACAAAGGACGGCUGCAGAAUGACGUCCAUGUUUCAUUCCAGCUCAUCCCAGCCUCCCUUGGGACAGGGAAGAGAAAUGGCUGCAGAGGAGCUAGUUCAGGGGCUGGUGACCUUCGAGGAGGUGGCUGUGUAUUUCACCAGGGAAGAAUGGGCUCUGCUGGACCCCACUCAGAGAGCCCUCUACAGAGCCGUCAUGCAGGAGAACUAUGAGAAUGUGACCUCGCUGGGUAAGGAUUCCCGUCCCCUCGGUUCUUAGAAGGGGAAAUGAAGAGUUAAGGUUCACAUCAGCCCCACAAUACAACCUUAACUCUGCCCUGGUCAGCAA